UGCGCCAGGAGCCAGCGGAUGAGGGGUUGCCAGCUCCAUCGGCUGAUGGACCCGGUCACUCGUGGUUGAAAUGCUCAGCGUCUAUCCGCUGUCAAUCUUCACGGCAGUUUGGCGUUCGUAUUGCGGUGUGACGGCGACGGUGUGUGUGUGAUCUGUGGAGUGGGGACCGGAUCGGCGGGGAAGAUAUUGUAGUUACACUCCGUCCUCCUUCCACCCCAACCCCAGUGAGGCUGCGCAGAUGAGGUGCGCGGUGGCUUUGUGAAGUUUUGUGGAUCAGAAAAAAAAGGCAAAAAGAGAGCAGGUGCAUCAGUGCUCGACCAGUAGAGGUAGGAAUGGAUGUGACUAGUCGAUGUACACUUGGUGACCCCAACAAACUGCCCGAGGGAGUACCACAACCGGCCAGGAUGCCAUUUGUAUCAGAUAAACACCCUCGGCAGACUUUAGAAGUGAUCAACCUCCUGAGGAAGCACCGGGAACUUUGUGAUGUGGUGCUAGUUGUGGGUGCAAAAAAGAUUUACGCACAUCGAGUGAUUCUAUCAGCUUGCAGCCCCUAUUUUCGAGCAAUGUUCACAGGUGAGCUUGCAGAAAGCCGGCAGACAGAGGUGGUGAUCCGUGACAUCGAUGAACGUGCCAUGGAGUUGCUGAUUGACUUUGCUUACACCUCUCAGAUAACAGUAGAGGAGGGGAACGUACAGACCUUGCUGCCGGCUGCCUGCCUCUUGCAGCUGGCUGAGAUCCAGGAAGCGUGCUGUGAGUUUCUGAAGAGGCAACUUGAUCCAUCCAACUGCUUGGGAAUCAGAGCUUUUGCGGACACCCAUUCCUGUAGAGAACUGCUGCGGAUUGCUGACAAAUUCACUCAGCAUAACUUUCAAGAGGUGAUGGAGAGUGAGGAGUUCAUGUUGUUACCAGCCAAUCAACUCAUUGAUAUAAUUUCCAGUGAUGAGUUGAAUGUGCGGAGUGAGGAGCAGGUUUUUAAUGCAGUCAUGGCCUGGGUCAAAUAUAGCAUUCAAGAGCGACGUCCCCAGCUUCCCCAGGUAUUACAACAUGUUCGCUUGCCGCUGCUCAGUCCCAAGUUUUUGGUGGGUACAGUUGGUUCUGACCCCCUCAUCAAGAGUGAUGAAGAGUGCAGAGACCUUGUGGAUGAAGCCAAAAACUACUUGCUUUUACCGCAAGAACGACCCCUAAUGCAAGGUCCAAGGACAAGACCUCGUAAGCCUAUCCGAUGUGGUGAGGUCUUAUUUGCAGUUGGAGGUUGGUGCAGUGGGGAUGCAAUUUCCAGUGUUGAGCGCUAUGACCCUCAGACCAACGAGUGGCGGAUGGUUGCUUCCAUGAGCAAACGACGGUGUGGUGUAGGGGUCAGUGUGCUGGAUGAUCUCCUUUAUGCAGUGGGCGGACAUGACGGCUCAUCGUAUCUUAACAGUGUGGAGAGAUAUGAUCCAAAGACCAACCAGUGGAGUAGCGACGUGGCUCCCACCAGUACAUGUCGGACCAGUGUUGGCGUGGCAGUGUUGGGAGGGUAUCUGUAUGCUGUAGGUGGCCAGGAUGGCGUCUCUUGUCUGAACAUUGUGGAAAGGUUUGAUCCAAAAGAGAAUAAGUGGGCACGUGUGGCUUCAAUGAGUACCAGACGGUUAGGUGUGGCAGUUGCUGUAUUAGGUGGAUUUCUUUAUGCUGUUGGUGGAUCUGAUGGUACCUCUCCCCUCAAUACAGUUGAACGCUACAGUCCACAGGAAAAUCGUUGGCACACUAUUGCACCGAUGGGAACACGGCGGAAACACCUGGGGUGCUCUGUUUACCAAGACAUGAUCUAUGCAGUUGGAGGAAGAGAUGAUACUACAGAGUUGAGCAGCGCUGAGAGGUUUAAUCCUCGCACUAAUCAAUGGUCUCCAGUUGUGGCUAUGACAUCACGCAGGAGUGGUGUUGGCCUUGCAGUUGUUAACGGGCAACUGAUGGCAGUGGGUGGCUUUGACGGCACUACUUACUUAAAAACUAUUGAAGUUUAUGAUCCAGAUGCAAACACGUGGAGAUUAUAUGGAGGUAUGAACUAUCGCAGACUGGGCGGUGGAGUGGGUGUGAUCAAAAUGACACACUGCGAAUCCCAUAUAUGGUAACCUGUAAACUCUGGAAUCUUUGCUGCUGUUGGAUGCUGUAAUUGUUUCGGAGAAAAUAUGUUAAAUUUGGUGGAAUCUGGCUGCUUUUCAGUCAAAAGAAGAGAGUUGCUCUCCGUUAACUAACCUGAAGACAGUUUGGUGCAAUACAUGUUCUGUGGAAAAACUAGACUUCUAGGUAAGUCUAGUGAAUAGUUCUAAGGAUAUUACAUAUUGGUGCCUACUAUUUGUGUGUGGGGAAAGCUAUCUUAUUUAAACAAGUUGACAGUGUCUUGGUGGUUAAACUGGAAGUGCAAAAGAGUUGCAUACUCAUGGACAAUGGAGAUGAAAUCGAUUUUCUAAUCUUUCAACUUUUGAGGAAUUUAAAAACGGAACUGGGAAGAAGUAUCGGUGUGCAGCGUGACAGAACAUUCUUCAGAGCAACUAGCAUAUGGAAACCAUGUGCAAAUCUACAGUUGCCUAUCAAAUGAACAAUUCACAAUUCCACAUGUUGCAGUUUAAAAAGGAAAUUAUUGUGAAUGUUAAAUGAGCAAAUGAAAACUCGUCCUCUUUCUCUCCACUAGAGAACUGUAGUAAUACCAUGCAUAGCUACUGUAAUGUACUUUUUUCCUGAUGUUUAAUAUUCUGUUUUUGGUGCAGUGAAUGUGGUUUCUUGUAUUCAGGAUAUAAAACAGGAGUAUUACAUAGUUCUGUACUAUCCAAAAUGUUACAUAACUGGAAACUUCUUGAAGGAUACUGUAUUUGUGAGAAAGUGUAUAGCAACCCUGUAUUCUCUUCAGUCACAGGAGCACAAUAUGAUAUACAACAUGUCACUUGAGCAUGAAGCUGUUAUGACCAAAUAUGGUGCAUGGCUCCUCUUCCUAGAAGCCAAAACAUAAACAAGUUUGGAAAAGACUUUCUCAGACUUGGUUGAAGAAAAAAGAUUGAUCUUGAACAGUAUUUUAUCUUCAGAUUUCUCUCACUUUUGUGCUUACAAUGUUAUAAUGAAAAUAAAAAAAGUUGGCCACAGCACUUCUGCUGCUUGUAAACAUUAAAUUAAUUUUAUAUAUUAGUUGGUUGGUAUGGAGCAUUUUCAAAGUCUUUGACAAAUGUUUAGUAGUAACGAGAUUUUUAAAAAAGGAAUCCAUUGCCACUAGGCUGGGUAAUAACAGUUUACUCAGGCUAAAUGACCUUUAAUUGCAGAGGUUCUAUAUUUUGGUCAUAUGAUUAUCUCCAACAGAAUGGUAGAAAUAUCUAGGUAUGAUCUUAUCUUAUGUUCGUAACAGUGAUCAUUAUGGUACUAAUGGAAGGAAGUUUGGAAAUUGGAUCUUAAUUCAUAGUAUUGACCUUAUUAGCAGUAUUUUACUUUGCAGUGAUAGGAAAAUUGCUAUUGGGCAAGACAUUAAGUUUGUAAAGAUUCAGGUAUCUUCAAUUGAUAAAAUGACUGUAGAUGUUACAUUUUAUUCAGCAUUCAUGUGAAUAGAUUUCUUGCUUGAAUUGUCAAUCUCCUUUCCUAAUGUGGGUUGGAGCUAGAGAUAAGAUUAACCCACACAUUUUCCAGAUAUUUGUGUUUCAUGUGUUGUAACAGCUGUUUUAGAUUCCUGCUAUUUUGUUUUCACUUUCUGCAAAAUUGUGGACCUUCAGACCUAGUGUAAAUCCUGAUCUAAAUAAUGAUAAUGUCACAUUUUGCAAAGAGAAGUUGUCAAAGAGCUUCACAGAAUUGAAUACAGUUUGAAGGACAGUCACUAUUCUGUGGACAAUUCUGUACCAGUACCUGAGGGAUGGAGUGAGCAACAGUUAUUUUUCUUCUCCAUUCACGCUCAUUAAUUAGGGAAAGAAUUAGCUGAAUAAUUUGCAUAAAUCUAGUUGUGUGAAGCAGAAUUACUGUCCGUUGAUGAAAUGGUAUUCUGCCACUGAAGUAUUCAAUCAUGUCCUACUCUUGAUUCAUGUUUUACAUUCUAAUGGUGUAGGCUAGAAGUUAGACUGUUUUGCAUUGCUAUAAACCAGUAUUCUUGACAUUUCAUUUGUAGCCCUGAAUAAAUAUACAGAAUAAUUUUCUUUUGUAGAUAUUUUAUACAGAACACCUAC